AUGAUUGAAACAAAAAUUUUGCAGUUCUUGGCGCUGGCCACAUUCAUGCUCAUCUGUAGUGAUGCGUAUUAUCCGUAUGGACAACAACAACACCACAAUCGCCAUGGCAAUUACAAUUAUCAUAAUGGCAACUUCGACAGAUACAACAACAUAAACAACAACAAUAAUAAUAACAACAUCAACAACAGACGCAACACAGACACCAGCCAUCCGAUGUUGGCAAUAAAUUUGCCAAAAGUCUACCUGGGUGACUUUGAGUAUGUGCCUACGCGGGAUGGUUACCGCUUCUCUUACGAACUGAUCGACGGUACACGCCGUACUGAGGUCGGCUACAUUCCAAACACUGUCCCCUAUAUGUCCGAUAAACGUGCAACGGAGGAACGUACGGCUCUACGUAUGCGUGCCAGAGCCAAUGCAAAGAAUCGUAAAUUAUCACCGAAAUCAUUGCAAUCGUUGGCAGGCUGA